AUGGGCUGUUGUAAAUCGAAAAUCUUAUCUUCUAUUAUUCGCCUUCAAGACCAUCCAAAGACUUCGGCUCCAAUGGGUUCCAACACAAGAACAGGUUCGGGAAAAGGAAAGUUUGAAUGCACGUUGAACAUCACAGGAAUGAACAUCGCUGGCGAAUGGAACGUCAGAGAGGUCCAGUUCUUACCCAACCAGCAAGCCGAGCAAGCAUCUGACUCGAAUUCUCGGGAUGAUGAGGAACACGCGUUGCACGACGACAUGGGAAGCAAUAGCACGGAAAUUGCGCUGGAGCGAUUGAAUCGUCUCUCCGCAGAAGUCGACUACCAUUCAGACGAUUCCGGUGACUCAGGUGACUCAGACAACUACACUCCAUUUCACCAGAACGCAGAAGCAGGUCCCUCCAAUGCCCCCAACAGCGCUUCAAGCUUUCACUUUCCUUCUGGCGCAGCGCUGACCUUCAACAACGAGCACGUACCGGACAAAGACGUGGCGAAAGUGGAACGCUUCAUCCGGGUUCUCCACUCCGGGUCAGAUGAGUGGGCGAUUCUCCAAUACAACGGGGUUCUUCAGCCACCCUUCUCUGAUGGUAUUCUCACACGAGGGAUCUUCACUUUGCACAGCGAUGAGCUCAGGAGAAAGAACAUUUGGACGGUUCUCGACAUUGUGAAGAAAGUGAGCAUUGGUAAGAAGUGGGGGAUAGUUUGGAAACCAUCGAAUCCUGUCAAUGCUGUGAGAAGCAUCAAUUCCUUGGACGAUGCGAUCAGAUUUGCAGGGCAAUCGAAUCGGGCGUAUCCUCAUUUGAAGAGGCCGAACUCGAAGAAGGAGUGGGACGAGGCCUGGGAAGAGGCAAAACGGAAGACUGCCCAUCUUGUGAGGCGUUACUGGAUCUGCUGUGUGUGUUACCCACGGAAUAGUAACAGAGAUCGCCACACCAAUUUGAACCACCUCAAGAACACUUCCUGUCAUUGUGAUCAUAUAAGAUGCAAUAGCUGUGAAGAUGGCACAGGUAUUGGAUACCACGCCGUGCAAGAAGUCAUUAUUGAUAAAGAGUGGGAGAAGAAUGGGUGGUCAGAUCACUAG